AUGACUCUGCAUGUUUCUGAGCAUUUCCCUCUUGUGUCCACAUCUGCAGCAGGUGGAGAGCUGCUCCUCUGGGGACAGAUCCCCUGUGUGUCCCUGGUCACUGACCAUCCAGGCCUCAAAAGACUCUGGACCCCCCAGCCUGUUGCACUGGCAGGCAGAAAGGUGUGUGAUGUCGCCUGUGGGACCUGGCACAUGAUGGCCCUCGCCACACGGAGCGGGGAGAGGAACAGAGGAUGCGAUCACCCACAACGUGAAGCCCUCUUCGGAGACGUUGACAGGAAUCCCCCACCGACGGAACACGCAGAGAAAGAAAACACAGCCCAAGACUUUAAGCACAGGAUCCAGGAUAUGCAGAGACCAGAGGGCCCAGAGGAGGAGGAGGAGGAGAAAGAUGAAGAACGCGGAAAAAAACCAAACCAUGAUGAGGGCAAUGGAGCGAUACCUGAUUCAGCAUUCGCCGGAGCCAGGUCUGCACCGGGGAUAGACAGGACAGGAAAUGGCCGCUCAUCAAUCAAAUCCGACCAGGGGCAGAGAGAGAGGGAGGGUUGCAGAACAGAGGGGCCGCUGGAGCUGAGGAAAGACCCACGCAGGAGCAGAGCGAGCAGAGAAACAGUCUUCACCACUUUGCAUCUUUUACCCAAGACAGCGGGAGACCAAUGCAGGCCAAUAGCCAGCUCCCUGCCGAGGCUGCUGACCGGACAUCAAGCUCAUAGCAGAGGUUUAGCCGAGGCUCAAAAAAAGAGAUCUACCCAUCUGACUGAGCUGCUCCAAAAAUCUGGAAGUGAUAGCAGCAUUUUGCAGAGUCCCGAUCUGAGACUAAAACCCAGACCUCCUGGGAGAUGUUCAGGUCCCGGGGCUCAGAGAGUGGCCUCCUGUCACCACUCAAGAACAAGACUACACACUGGCCCAGAGUCUCCGAUUAACAAUCCUUCUCCCCGUCUGACCCCUGGACAACAGAUUCAGACGUCCCCUUCCUUCCACCAGAGACCACGAGCCAAAGCCUCUCUUUCUCCUACUCCUUCUUCUUCUGAAGCAUCCAGGUACUGUCCAACACCCAGGAGAGCAGUUUCCUCCCCUGGCGCCUCUUGGAAGAAACUAUAAAAAACCAACAGACCCAGUUCUGUCCACCAGUGGAGCCGAGAAUAUUUAUUUCAUGCUUUAAUGUUUUAAACAUGUGUAUUUACCCUCUUAUGUCAGGUUAUGUGAGCUACUUGAAAUCAAAAUAUAUUUAUUGUAUAACCCCCUGGAUAAUACACAGCCCCAACUAUGAGAGAGAGAGAAUGUGCACUCUAUUAUCUACUUGAUAAUGCUUUUCUACAGGCCACAUACAAAGCUUAAUACUUUUGGCGCCAAAAUGUCGGAGAAACAGUCUCAUUUACUCUGCAUGAGUUCUCCAAAACUGAUUUCAGAUCAGUAUUAAAGGGCUCCACUUUACCCCAAACUGUGUUUUGGCAAAUGUGCUUUUCUUUCAGACCAUCUCAGUCAACGACUCUCAUGAACUUUGACCUCAUAGGAAAGCAUCAGGCUUUUGUCUUUGCAGUGAAAUCUGCGUGCAGGAAUUCCAGACUCCUUGAGCAAAUCCACAGAACUUGAGAUGGUUUAGUUUUUUUCUUCUUCACCAUACUACCAAGCCACAUUGAUUUUAAUACUUACAGUAUGUUGUUUAUUAAAGACAUAACGCCCUUCAGAUCUUGGCCUCUUGUAAGACAUUUCACGCUGGAGUGUUUUCAUGGCUGCUCAUCUCUGCAGUAUGAGUCACAUGUGCGUACUACUAUCUCUCUAUAGAGGCUGAGGAAAUUGAUUUGUUGCAGAGAUAACGCUAUACGAUUAGGUUUCUCUGCGUAAACAGGAUCAGUCCCUUGAGUUUUAUUUGCUAUGUUUUGUUUUCAAGUUUCCAAGGAAAGAGUCCUUCAUUAGACUAUAUUUUAAACUGGUUCUUUGCCACAGUGUCAACCACAACCGCAUGGUAAUUCCUCUUGUCAGGGGUUUUACUUAAAAGCUCAUUGACGGCACCUUCAUGUCCGAAAAGAGAUCUGCCUGUUUCAAACGAUUUCAGUGUUUGUUCAUGAUCUACACUUCUAGACUUCUAAACUUGGCUUAGCGAGGUGAGACUCAUCACUCAGAAAUGUCAUUAAAUUAUGGUUGAAUUAAUUGAAUUAUUUCAGAUUAAUAAUACUACUAAUGAUGACAGUAAUAACAAUAAUGAGAAAUAUUAAAUCGUUUUAAAUGCUUAUUUACAAAUGUAAAUAUUUCUCUAUGAAUGUACCACCUGUGGGUUAUAAGUUAUGCUACAAUAUUGGCUGGAUA